AUGAUUAUGCUCAAAUUCCGAAUUGUCAACAUUUUCAGAUGGUUGCUCAUAUUUACUACUUUGUUUUUUGUCGUCUAUAUAUCCGUAACUCAAUUAUCUAAAGCUAGCUUAUAUGGUAUAUUUAAUAUAUUUACAGUCGAUUUUAAUGAUGAUUCAUAUAAAACUUUUCAUUAUAAGAAUAUCAAUGAUACGGAUGAAAAUCAUCUUCUACUAAAAGAUUUUUCUCGAUAUGAAUCCGAAUUAUUCAAAGUCCAAUUGAAAAUAUUUUUUGUCCAAACAUCUGAGAAUGAAGAUAUUCUAUCACGUCAUGCUUGUUCAAUUGAAUCAGCUUCACGUUUGAAUCCAAAUGGUCUUAUAUUUGUUUUUAUGCGUAGUCAAUAUGUACACUUAAGAAAAGGUUCAUUCAACCGUUUGCGUACAUAUACAAAUAUACGUUUUGUUCAUUUUAAUGAACAUGAUAUUUAUUCAGGCACAACAUUAUCUCGAUUGAAUGAAACUAAGCGUACACAACUUAUUCGUUAUUUUGCAAUAUCACAUAUGAGUGAUUUUAUUCGUACAGCACUUCUAUAUAAAUACGGUGGAAUCUAUUUUGAUCUUGAUGUGAUUCCAUUAAAGAGAUUUUCUUUAUUUUCAAAUACUGUUGCAUUGGAAUCAAUUGAUAGCGUUAAUGUGGCUGUUUUAGCUUUUGAAAAACAACAUCUAGCAUUAGAUAUACAAAUGGAUAUUCAAUUAACAUUAGUCAAUCAGCCAUUCAAUGCGUUUUGUUGGAAUUGUGUUGGACCAGCAGCAUUGUCAGAUGCAUUAAAACGUGUUUGUGAUGAGAAAAAAUUAAGUAUACAUUCUAAAGAUAAAUGUCACCAGAUCGAUAUUCAACCAUCUUUUGUUUUCUAUCCAAUACCUUAUCAAAAAGUUCUACAGUUUUUUCGUCGGUCAAAAUCUGAUGAUGAUAUUGAUUAUUUAGUAAAAAAUUCAAGUAUUUAUUCCGUACAUUAUUUUCAUCAUAUGACAAUGAAUUUAGCUAUUGAGCGACACUCACCAUUUGCUCGUAUUGCACAAAUCUAUUGUCCAAAUAUAUAUGAACAAUUAAUUGAUCGAAAAGAAUCUAUGUUAGCAAGAACUAAAACAUCAAAAUAUUUAUUUACAAAUUUAAAUAUUCUUUUAUUUUGUUUAUCGAUAUCAUUCUUAUUUAUUUUGAUACUUUUAUUGGCAGGCAGUUUUCUAUCUUAUCUACCGUCAAUACGUAUUGUUAUGCUUGAAUGGCAACAUAAAAUUAGUAUUUCAAUUUGA